CUAGCGUGUCGUAAGGUAGAAUUUUUGGAGUUGUUUUCUUUUAUUGUACCCAAGACUUUAUAUUAACACGUUUGUUAAAUCGAGUUUGUAAUUAAAUUUUGCUAAAAUCUAUUCGUUCACAUCGUUAAGAAUAUUCGACAGCUGGCGCUAAAAAUCUAGUUUUCCUUUUGUUCGCUGCAUUCGACGUGAAGUUUCAAACUACCUGUGGGGUUGGCAAAGAAGUAGCGUCGCGACACCGACGCUGACAAUAGUUCGUCACGGUGGAGGACGUCGACAAGGCUCGUUCCUCCGCCCUAAGUCUGAGACAGAACUUCGUCAGAUUGGUUCGGUCGUCGACGUUUUAAAAGCCCAAUCAGUGGGGGGAAAAGUCGCGUACGGACGCGGCCGGCUAAACUCAACUCCGCGCUUUGUUAGUUGCAUGACGGAACUCGCGCGCCUCGAAAUUGGACUUUUAGAUAAGCAGUAUUAUUAUAUAGAUUGGUUAGCUGAUUGACAUUUUAAAUGAACUUUUCUACUCAUCUUAAUUGCAAACCGUCAUAUAUUGGCUGAUUGUACUUUUGUAGUAUCGCCUUGUUCAAUUUAUGAUAAAAGUUGUCGCGCUUCUUUUCGUGAGGUUCGUUAGCGAUACCUAGUGCUCAUAUUAUCUCUCUGAGAGUCGAGUACUCAAGUAGGUUCCGAAGCCGGUCAAUCGUCAGUCAGUGGUUGUGUGGCUGUUGUCGAAGUCAGUGGGUUGUCGAAGCCUCGGCAUACUCCUCGUCGCAGGCGACGACGCUACGGGCGCCGAGCGUCGUAAUUGAGAGACGAUGAGCGCUUUGAGCGUUCAGUUGUGUUGGUUCUUUGCCCUGCGGUUGCUACUGCCGGGUGGGCACCAGCCCGGCAGAAAGUGACAGUGAGUGCGUCAGUAUGUCCCAGUCAUGGUGAAGGCGCUGUUUCUGGGGCUGCUAGCUUUUACGAUGUGUGCUUUUGCCAGCGCCGUACCUCCCCAGAGAGUCCAUCGCUCGCUGAACCUUGCCGAAACUGACACUGGCGAUAACUUAUCAUUGCCUGAAUCUAUUCCUGGGCUACCGUCUUCUUCGCCGACGUCGCCGGUCUUUCUGUCGUCCUCUAGGUCAACUUUCGAAGAAGACGAUCCCGCUGCCGCUGUCAGAAGCGAACGCAGCACAAACCUCUCUUUUUCUACAGGAACCGCGCGAAGAAUCCAAAUGUUUAUCAAGAACCGGCAUCUUCAACUUUUACCUGAUGGCACUGUCAACGGCACUUCCGACGAUUCUAGUGUCUACACAAUACUACAUAGGAUUUCCGUUGGUAUCGGAAAGCUGAAAAUUGAAGGGGUUGCAACAUGCCAGUAUUUGUGUAUGGAUAAUUGUGGUCUACUCUAUGGAUCGAGGGAAUUUAAGGACGAAUGUGUCUUUAACGAAAUGAUCGAGCAGCAUCACUACAAUACGUACUCGUCAGCAAAGUAUUCGAAUGAGAAAAGAACGCUUUAUCUUGCUCUAAACAAAAGAGGUCAGCCUCGCAAGGUGAUGUUGAGGGCGCGUCAGCAAUUGGGACGUCUUUCAUCGUUCACUCGCGUUUUAACUCGCGCCGUUUCCCCGGAACGUGCGGAGGAAUUGCACCCCCUGCGUCAUCACGGAGGGCACAUGUGUGCAGUUUCCCCAACCAUGGAGUCGGCGACUCAUACCCACCACCAUUAUCAUUUAUCGUCUACCGUAAAUCCACCGACGUCGCAUCUGCCACGCUGUCGAAAAAGGAAAAAACGAAAGAAGAAAAAACGGAAAUGUCCUCCCGAUGGCGCGGAGAGAGGAGGACAACCAAUGGCGUCGUGUCCGAAAACGCACACGCAGAUUUCCCAUCAAUUGGAAGAAAUACCCGUUAGAAACAGUAGCGUUAAUAUUAAUAGUAGUAAGUGCGUGCCUGGAGACAGUGAUGAGUGCCAAAGAGUUGAUGUGACUGAAAAAAAGAGGCAAAAGACUAAACCUGGUGAUAAAGUGACAUUAAAUAACGGUGCUAAAAAAAGAAAGCAUCCGAAAGGUGCAAAAAUAAAAAAAACCUUUUUGCAUGGAAGAACGACAUCAUCUUCGACAAGUAGCACAACAACACCUAUAACAACAACAACAGCAACAACGUCUACUACAACAACCACGACCUCCACGUCACCUAGUCCUUUGGAAGAAGCGUCGCUGGACGAAGAUUAUGCGGGAGAAUCGACAACAUUUCUGGAAUACGAAUAUUCCACCGUAACUGACAGUGCGGUCUUCCCGCAACCCGACUGACUAUACACCUCACCAAAUUCAGGUGCUGAUAUCCUUUCUCCUUUAUUUAUUUCUACUAUUUAUUGUAUUUUUCAAGUUGUAUAUAGUUGUCUACAUAAGUGAAUAUACCUCGCCGUUAAUUUUA